GAAAUGGGCGGAGCUUCAAAGGGCUCGGAGGAUCUCACGGCGCCUUUUAGGAGCCAAUUGGCUCCAGGUUCAGACGGAGACGGAAGAACGGAGAGAACAGGCCAAUUGGUACUGGAAUUGUGGUAGGGCCGAGUCCGGUUUUGCCCGGGAAGGUUUAGGGAGCUGUCAUCACCUCCAGACUUCCGGUUCCGGGUCUUAGGUUUCUCAGGCCGCUGUCGCUAUGGAGGAACCGGAGAUGCAGCUCAAAGGGAAGAAAGGUAAUGCGAGGUCCCGGGCUGGACGAAGAGUCCAGGAGCUCGCAGAUCGGCAACCUGACAGGGAGGGAAAGGACAAAGACGUCACAGACAAGUUCACUGAGAGCGUCUACGUCCUGGCCAAUGAACCAUCUGUGGCCCUCUACCGGCUCCAGGAACAUGUGCGCCGCUCUCUGCCAGAGCUAGCCCAGCAUAAGGCUGACAUGCAGCGGUGGGAGGAGCAGAGUCAGGGAGCCAUCUACACAGUGGAGUAUGCCUGCAGUGCCGUGAAGAACCUUGUCGACAGCAGCGUCUACUUCCGCAGUGUGGAGGGUCUUCUCAAACAGGCCAUCAGUAUCCGGGACCACAUGAACGCCGCCACCCAGAGCCACAGAUAGCUUCCAGGGCCACCCAUCCUUGCUGCUCUCAGCCUCAUUGCUGUAAGAAUCUUCGCCACUCAGCCAGGAACUGCGCUUACUGCUCCUUGGACAGCUCCCCAUCCUCAUCU